AUGGAGGAAGCACAGUCAAAGAGGCGGAAACUAGAUGAUAAACAUUCAGGAGCUAAAACGGAAUCCAGAAUGGAAUCAAGUGACAAGCAGCAGUUAAAUGUCAGUGAUCUUGAGAAUGACGAUUUGUCCGAACACAGCAACGAGGAAGAGUGUUGUCUUGCCCUAUCCGACCUUGAUGACCUUGAGGAUUUUGAUGAUGGAGAAACACAUAUUGACGCUUCUGAUCCCCUGGAAGCCGAGUAUCUGACAAAGUAUCCAAAGAUAACCAAGUUAAUCAACAAUGCGUCUGAUUCAAGCCAAUUAAUGGCGGUGAAUUUCAUCAGAUUGUUGGAGAAACACCAAGUAGAUCCCUUUGCAUCGUAUGACCUUGACGUUGAGGAAAUUGUGGAAGACGAAGAAUACAUCAUCAACCAAUGUAAUAAUCUUGACGACAGCCAACGGCGGGAUUUAUGGGAUGAGUACUGUCGAGUCCAAGGCGAAGCUGAAAUAACAAAUAAAGUCAGCAAUUUUAUCGAGUAUGACACUCCUGAACUUCAAUUUGUUUCUUUUCUGAAAUCACUGAAUGAGUUCAAGUUCCCCAAAUUUUACACGGAUUUUAACAGGCAAAUCAAGAGAAAGAGCAAGGUCGAUAAUGAUCAGAGAUACGAUCAUCUGUGUGGAUGCACCUCCCAGAAUGUCAGGCAACAAAUAUACAAUAAAUGGGUUCAGUUUUACAAGUUACCUGUCGCUGAAAAGUCAAAAGCUCUGGCGGGUGAACUUGGCAAAUACAAGAACAAGACGUUUGACCAAGUCCUGGAACUCAUAAAGACAAAGAAGCUAGAUUUGUGGGAAAUAUAUUUUCUACCGGAGGACGAGAUCAACGAGCUAAAAGGAACGGUAUUUAGUUAG